AUGCUUUACUAUUGCUUCUUGGUAGCCGCAAUCACCUAUGCCGUGCUUUUACUUCUUAUCAACACUUUACCACACAUCUCGGUCAAAUACUUUGGGCUUUUAUCGUUAAGAUGCAUCACCAUCAAAACUAAGACUUCCACUAUAAGGAUUGGCAGACUAUCCUUGAGACUAAGUUUCCGCAAAUCCAUGGGACAGACUAGUCUAAGACCUUUCAACAUAGAGGUUGCAGACGUAUCAAUCCGGAGCGAUACCCAGAAACCAUCAGGUACUAGUAAUUCUGAAGAGCAUCAUGAGAGUAAGAGAAAGAGUCCGAAUGUACCUCCUAAAUCAUUAUUCAAUAUCAAUUUAAAGGAAAAGCUACAUUUCACUUUACCAAAAUCCAUCCACAACUACUUAGUCCGGACCCAAUUGAUAAAUAUGAUAAAUUUCCAAGUGUUUCGAAUAUCCAUAUACCAUGAAGAUGCACACGAAGAUAUUUGCGUGGAAACCGAAUUUUGCAGAAUCCAGACUGAGAUUGAAAAAAACUGUGACUUGAGGAUCACAUUGACUUUGCUCAAUGGUGUAAUCUAUGAUAUAGCAAAUGUCGAAGAGAAAGUGCACUUGUUUCGAAAUGUCGAGUUCUACGUCGACUGUCAGGCAAUUGCCACAUGCGAAGCCUUAACUCCUAACAAAAUCUCAAUUCAGUUGCAAGACUUUGAGCAAUCCCUCUCCGUAGGAAGAUUGAAUAUCCCGCUCGAGUUUUUUGACAUUGAAAAUAGACAGAAACAGAGACAGAAACAGAAAGAGAAAGAAGACCAAGAACGAGAACGAGAUCGAGAACGAGACCAGAAAUCGGAACCGAAUCAAAGCUCAAACAUGAAUGUGGAUCUGAGCCAAACCAAUCCAGAAAUCUCUGAUGAAUUAUCUAAAGAUACCAAAGAGUCUAUUCAAAUUGCUACUGAGGGUGUUAAGCACCACAAAGAGAGGUUUCUUAAAUACAAGGAACUUACAAAGGAGAUAUUGAUGCUAUAUUCUAAUACGAAUGUGCGGUUCGAGGACACAACUAUUUCUUACAAGGACGUAUCAGCCAAUUUAUCGAACUUUGUGCUUUUAUUGAAGAAACUGGAAAAGCCAGACCAGUCAAUAGCUGUCAAGUUGGAGAUGUACUUGACAUCCUUCAAAAUUUACCACAAAGAAACUCAAUGUUUGGAACUACCAUCGUGUACAAUAAACUACGAGCUUUGCCCACUUAAACUCUUGAUGGCCGCUCAAGCUUACCUCGAUUUAAAGUCAAUGACCGAAACACAUAAUCAGGUACAAACGGAAACACAAACGCCAACACAAACGCCAACACAAACGCCAACACAAACGCCAACUCAUAGUCAACCACAAGCACAAACGCAAACAAAAACCCCGUCCAAACCUCUCUCACAGUUUUUGGAUUUCGAAUUGAACAUAACAUUGUCCAAUCCAACGAUCGAUAUCUAUUACGACCAGGAAGACUUUAUCUUUGGCCUUUUCAAGAAUAAGCUCGCUGCAAAGGAAAAGAAACAUUCGAAUGCGGCAACAAAUUCUAUCGACGCCAACAAGUCUUUGAGGAUGACAAAUUUUGCAUCUCAAAUAAUCAACUUUGUUCUGAGUAAAUUGACAAUAGUGGAUUUCCAGUUAAACUUGCAUCUCCCCGAGAUUGGUCUGUUUAAAGAUUCCGAGUUUAAUAGACAUUCAACUUCAAAUAUGGUGAUUAGCUUCCGUCUUUCGGCAUUCUUUCUUAGACUCUUCACUAGGAGACAAAGGUCCAGGUCCAGGUCCAGGAUAUCAAGACUGAGCACCAAGAGAACUCUCAACUGUUUACUCAAACUAAAGAAUUUUAAGGGAGAAGCUCAAGAAAAUUUGGUACAACUCACAAAAAUCAACACCUUAGUCUCAUAUGAUCUUGAAAAGCAACAGCUUUCAGGUCAAGUAUCAAGUAAAGUUAUCAGAUUCAAGUCCGUCAAUGACCAUUUCUUUUACAUGGUGAGACAGUUUCGCAAUCGACAGAGAAUGUAUUUUAACCAGAAAUACGAUAUUUGGAGGGCUAAGCAUAAAAAAGAAGAUGCAACCAAUCUGAUCAAUCCAAAUUCAGAAAAUAAACCAACAACUCCAACACCAUCAGAAACAGCAACACCACAAGAACCAAACGGUUCAACCAAGUUUAUUCAUUUGUUUGAAGUACUCCCAAGUUUUGUUUCAUCUCUCAAAUUUACGUCUAAGGAAAUUAUAUUUGAUAUUCUCUGCAAAGAAGGUCUCCCCAGUCGAAUAAUAUACGAUUGGCAAUUAGAGAAAGAAGUUGAUUUGGCAGAUUUCCGUCGAGGCAUUUCUCUACGAAUCAAUGAUACCACUGGUCACUAUAAGUUGCUGAAACAAUCUUUAGGGCUCUCGGUUGCUCAAAUCCAGCUUUUCACAAUUAGUGAGUACUCACUGGAGUAUAUGGAGGACUUUGACAAAGUUUGUCCACAACAAGCAAGUGACUCAGAGUUGGAUGAUCUCUCGAGUAUAAAUUCAUUUGCAUCAGAACAUGACAAUCAAGAAAGAAUGACCGGAGGUAGUAACAUUGGCGAUGGGAAUGUCAGCAGUGGUAGUGGUGGUGGAAGAAAUAAUGUUGAAGAUUGUGAUAAUGAUAAUGAUAAUGAUGAUGAUGAUGAUGAUGAUAGCCCAGAACAAGGUAUAAAGCGUAUCAAAAAUGUCUUGAAUAUUCAGGAUAUAAAUUUGACUAAUUCUGUAUCGACAGCGGAUGAUGCAGAUCGAGAUAGGUUACUUUUAUCGAUUCCCGAGAUUGACAGUCGAUUAGACAUGUUUUUUUUCUGGUGCAUUUUUUAUGCCAGGUCUAUGUUGCAAAGAUUUGCUCCCACUGUUGAAAGCAAUUGUAGUAAAGAACAGCUCCAGAAAAUUUCGAAACCUAAACCUAAACUCAAGCUUGAUGUAUCAUUGAAAUCGAUGGCUACGAUUGUGAGGUUGCCCAAUGUAGUUGAUGUGCUCAUUGAGAUUGAUAACUUGAAAAUGGAUAACGUAUUUGUUGUCAAGAAUGCGUUGGUGCGAAACGUGAGGUUGUAUGUGGUCCAUCCAGCUACAAGGUUGUGGGCUCGAAUGGUGAUUAUCCAAGAUCCUACUUUUAGCGCCGACUUGUCGAAAAGCUUACACGAAGCUAGCUUUGCCAUUAAGGCAACGAGCAUUAGAAUCAAUGUACCUCAUCAAUUCCAGUUUUACACAAUCAUUGACAAUACCAUCACUUUGGCAAAGGCAAUUAAACAAUUAAAGCACAAUUUUCUUUACUUUAAUUACGGGGCAACUGAAUAUGAAAGAAUAUAUCCAGAAGCUAAGGAAGCACUUCAUUUUCCUCAUGUCAAUAUCAAAACCGGUGCACUAGGAUUGACUCUUGAAAGUGACCCAUUUGAAAAUGAAUUGGCCAUGAUCUAUGAGUUGGGCUUGAUCGAGCAGAAGGAAAGAUUGCGGAAACUCCAAGCUUUUGAAAUUAAAUGCAAGAAUGUUAUGGAUAGUGCCAUUCCGGAUAUUGAUGACCAAAUCAAUUUAUCCGAUACCCCUGCACCAACCAAUAGUCAUUCUCUGCAUACGUAUUUUGCAAACCAUAAGUUUAAAAUGCACAGUCCCUUGCGUCAUGAGUAUCUCGGAAAGAAUAAGAACAUGAACGAUGGUUCCGGGGAGUCUGUUAACGCGUCGCAUGCGAGAACAGGCAUCUUGAAGGAUGCGUUUUCGAAAAUUAGAUGCAACAAUCCUAGUGAAAGAGCACAAACUCAAACUCAAACUCAAACCCAAGACAACAGCAACAAUAAUAGCAGUCAAAUACCUGUUGAUUCACAAACCGAAAUGACAAGGUCUCAAGCAAGCAAGAAAAUCGAGGAAGCGAGAAACCAGCUUUUGGAGAAUUUCUCUCUAGCAUGGACUAGAAAAUACCGUUUAUUCAGGAAUAAUAGGUUGCGUCUUUGGAAAGAAAGGUCACAAGAGGCUUGGGGCAAAGAUGAAGUUCAAGACUCGUUCAAGAACAAAUAUGACAUAGUUGAUUAUGCAGAAGGUCCACCAUUAGCAGGACCACUUUUCAGGGAUUUGGAUCUUACUUUGAGCGCAUUUCAAGGUGGCGACGUAGACGAAUUUUUGUACAAAUUUGCCAAAAAGCAACCAAAACUAACUUAUUCAAUUUUGAUUCCAAUGAACAUCGACCUCAAGGCCCGAAAAUUUUAUAUGAUUCUAAGAGAUUAUCCAUUACCAUUGGCGUCUUUUCCUACUGCUAGCAAUCCCCAACAACCAACCAUUCAUAUUAGAAGCAACGUCAUAAUAAAUGAAAUGCUAUAUACUCGAAAAGAACAGCUUCGUUAUAUCUAUGUGCCUUACUCAUUAGCAGUCACAAAUAAUGGCACUGCAGAUAAUUUCUACUCCGUGUAUAUUCCUCGUACAUUAACGCCAGUCAAAGUUGCCUCAGAUUUCCAUUGCGAUCUCAAUACAGAUAGAGCAUGCACGUUAAGUUGGUGUAAGGCAUACCAACCGGCACUAAGUGCUAUGGGCCAGGCAUUUCAGAUGUUUAGUAAACCAGCAAUUGAUGAUAGUCCAAUUGGUUGGUGGGAUAAAGUGCCUUUAAUUAUGCACGGACGAUACGAGUUUGAAGUUAGAAAUGAGCUAUGCUUGUUGAUGAAGAGUGGUACAUCGCCUGAUAAAUUGGUUGGAAAGAAUUCUGGGUUUGUUUAUAGUUGGAAAAACAAUGUUUCGGUGGUUAUUGAUGGUACCAUAGAUCCUAGAAAUUUGAUAACAGUAUCCAGCGAUGAUUUCAUGUUUGCCAUUCCCAAUUAUGCUAUGGAGGAAAGAAACAUUUGGAGUUUGUUUUACGAUGGAGCCGACCAGAUCUCCCCAGAUUUUGAUUUGGAUGCUAAAAAGUACCACAAGAAAGUCAUUAGAUUGAGUUCAAAUGACAGAGUGAAAUGGGUAGGUGGUAUGAAAUUCGAGAGAAAUAAGCAUUUCUCAAAUAAAUUAUCAGACGAGGAGCUUAGAACUUCGGAAUUUAAACCUCAUUACGAUGUUGAAAUUACCAACCCGGCAAACGAGUACCAUCCAGACUCUUAUGAGGGGUAUAGAUCAGAUUAUGUGCAUAUGUCGCUAUCAGUUAUAUCGAAAUCACACAAUGGCGAGGCUUUCAAUGCGGCAUUCUUUACACCAUUAUCAUUUCAUCACUUCUUUUAUUGGUGGGACACCAUAGCUCAUUAUUCGCCUCCGCCAGUACGGAGCGGACGCUUGUUCACUCAAGGUCAAAAGAGCUACAAAGUCAAAUUUAGUCCACAUUUGUUUACCAUGAAGUAUCAAAUGAUUUUCAACCCUGUGACAAUAUCACAUUUGUACCUUCACUCUAGUGAUGAACUAAAAGGAAAAAAGAAUAGGAUUUCAUUUACAGGUCUCAAAGGUAAAUUUGCCAUUUGUGAGAUUGACUUGCAUCAACGGAAGGAGCUUUUAACUUAUGUAAACAAAAAACUAAACCGAAAGACGCAAGUUAAACAUCUUAAGAUGAGCCAAGCAGAAAUCAAUGUCGAAAGGGCCGAUGUGAGGAUAUUAAAUGCCUUAUUUGGUGACCAAUCCGUGAGUGGUAAGUUGAUGUCUUUUCUCACUGGUGAUAAUUCUUCAAGUAGAGGUUCUUCCAACCGUUCACACAAAUCUAGCGGUGGUAGCGGUGGUGGUGGUGGUGGCGGUUUUGGCGGGGGAACUCACGCGUCUGAAUUUACCAGGUGGCUUGAUAGUGUUGAAGUUCCAGAUGGAGACUUCUCCUGGAUUGAUCCAGAAGAUUUUGUUGAGUUAGAGUUGAGAGAAACGCUAUCACCAUACCCCAAGAUCAGGAUCAUUCCAUUUUUUUACACUCCAAAGUGCAGUUACUUUAGAGAGUUUACACUCAAGCACACUGGACCGUUCCCAUUUGGCAAUGAGGAUAUUCAUGAUUGCAUAAUGAAUCUCGAGAAACCCGCAGCAGUUCAAACACGUAUCUUGGAAGAACGAAUUGAUACUUUGAGACAAGAUUUGAAAAAAGCGCAGCAUGCACUUGAACGGUUGAAAUUGUACGAUGCACCUGAGUUUCAACAAGAUAUCGAAAACACAGAGCUGGAAAUAGCGGUCUUGGUGGAAAAGAUCAAUAUUAUACAAACUGCAAAGGAUAAUUUUAAUCAAGGUGAUGUAGAAGCCCUUCAAGAUUUGGCAGACACAAACUCAACAGAGUCAAUAUCGAGGCAAUUGUCUGGGUUAUCGGCAUAUUCCAGUCACGUGAAUAACGAUGAGUUGUUGCAAGCAUCAAACUUUGUUGCGAUAGCUGAAUUCCAUAAUCGUUUCAUUGUGCACAAUUUGAAAAUGAAGUGGGAUGAUGUUUUAAAGGAAUACUUUGUUAGUUAUCUUGAAAGGAUAGGCGACAGAAAGAGCCACGUUUAUUAUAUGACUAAGACUGCAGUGGAUCUUGUGCAAAGCGUUAUUAAAGAGUCAGAAGAAGCAGAAAAACUGUCCGAGUCCAUCAGUGACAAGCAUAUUGAAAAGAAGUUUUCCCUUGGCGAAAAUGUUAUUGAGUCGUUUGAUGAGACAUUGGAAAAAGUAGGAAACCCUGAUGAAGAAGAGCCAGAGUACAAGUAUUUGGUGAAACUCAUUCACCCACAAAUACAAAUGAUUAGCAAGAAGUUACCCGACACGUGUGUUUUGUUAACUUCAAAGGAUCUUGAUAUUAGGAUUGUUGACAUAAAUGAGAAAGAUAUGGUGGAUGUGAUGACCGAUAACAAGGAAAUGACUGCAAAGAUUGAAAGCAGAAUUGGAGUGGUAUUUAGAGAGGAGCAGUUAUUUGUCAUUAGCAAGAACGACAUUUUGAAUAUGAAACCAUGGUCUAAAUUUGAAAAAGAUGGAUACAUGUCUGUAAACAACUGGCCCCCUUGGUUUGAAUGUGAAGUUUGCUAUGAAGGGUCUUGGGCACAAGAACAUUUGGUUUCAGAAAAGAACACCAUAGCGCUCAUCUAUAAAAACCCUAAUCAAUUAUUUCUUAACUCAAAGAAGUUAGAGCAAGCCAACGAAAUUAAAGUUUACUUGUCAAAACUUGUCUUUAGUGCAACAUCAGCACAGUACUUGGCAAUAUAUUGCAUUGUGACUGAACUUUUAAUGACGAAUAACCAACAUGAUACUGUAAAUGGUCGAUUGUCGAAAGUUCUUGCUUUUGCCGAUCCAAGCGAUUUCAGAGGAUGGGAUCUGAAAGUUCGCGAUUUGCAAACGCAUAUCCGCGAGUUUAAGGAUAUUUUGAUGAAUUUUGAUCAAAAAGGAGCAUCAUUGAGUGAGAAAGAGCGCAAAUAUCUAAAACUUUUGGAGCUCGAGAUGGAAAAGCUAAAGUUAGAGCUCUUGAUGAUUAUGAAAGCUUUGAGAAUGAAGAAUAAGAAAUCAAAACAAACUUCAAAGUACUGGAGUAUUUUGGCUGAGCAAAUUAUCUGGCAUUUCUUAGAUGAUGAUCGGAAGCCAUUUAUUGAUUUUGCUUGUGCAAACACUGCAUUAUCUAGAAUGGAAUCUGUAGAAGGGUCGAACCUGAAUGAGUUUACAAUUGGUAUGCUCCAAGGGUUCAACCUCGAGGAAAAUGCCACAUAUCCGAUAUUGUUGUCUCCAAUGAUGUCAGAAAUACCCAAUGUGGCUGACCCCGAUUCCGAAUCCGCAGUGCCUGUUGUCAAAAUUACUUGGACGAUGUUGGCGGCUGUCGGAGGGAUACCAAUUAUCAAAGAUGCCAAGCUCGAAGUUUUGCCAUUGAGGUUUGAGUUGGUUUACAAGACUGCUAAGAAAUUGCAAGCAUAUCUUUUCCCUAAGGACGAGUCAUUUGAAGCAGAUAUUGGUGGUAGUGAUUCUGAAUAUGGCGAUGACGAUGACGAUAAUGAUAUGAUGAGCUUUACGUCAUCUGAGUAUGAAGGAUACCCUGCUGAAAACUCAUCUAUAGACUCUCUGAUCAUGGGAUAUGAAAAGGGAUACAAUCAAUCAGAUCACCGGAGUCCAUGGAAGAAGUUGAUGACAAAAAGCAAAAACAGUCUUGGUGGUGCUAAUAAUAAGUCGUCAACUCUGCUGAGAAACAAAUCCGGAAAUGGAUAUAGUAGUUCAUCUGGUCUGUUGAUGAAGCAUAGGGAUUCAUCGAUUCUUAGUCGAUCUUCGAGUCAGAGUAGCGUGUCGCAACAACAGCAACAACAACAACAACACGGAAAAGGAAAGACUAAUACAUGGAAACUAACCAACCGUUCUAAACAAGGUAUUUCUCGUCAGGCAUGGCAAGGUUUGUCAGAAGAAGAUGAUUUGAGUAUAUUAAUCUCGAGAUCGAUGCAGUUCAAGUCUAUUAUUGAUUUAGAGAUUGUUGCGUUCAAGCUUAUGGUUAGUUUCUCUGGUCCAACUUCUUUGAGUUUGCUCAAUGUGAAUCAGCUUGUGAUUUCGAUGCCUGAUUUGAGUUAUGAGCAUAGGAUUUGGAGCGGUGAGGAUUUCAUGAAUAGGUUGAAGAAGGAUAUCAUCAAGGUGAUUGUGCAGCAUACAGGUAAGAUUUUGGGUAACAAGUUUAAGCCAAAUAAGAAGAUCAAAGUUGACAAGCCGCUCAAGCAAAUCUCGGACUAUCGAAGAUUCAUGACAUUGGAGGAUUUACAAAGAGACGGUCGUGAGAGGGACAGUAGUUCCGUUGAUCAUAAACUCAAUCUUGGUCAGAGUAAAAGUCGCCUGAGCCACCAAAGUCAAAGCCUGGACCAUUUGCAUCCUCCAUCACAUACACAUCAUAAUGGUAAGCAUAUUAGACCAAUUACGAGACGAGAAGAUGCGGGGGAUGGUACAUUUGAAGCCUAUCUUGACCCAGCAGAUGACAAAGUUGAGAUAGACAUUGAUUCAGCAUGA